GUGCUCGGAUUGCGUUUCGGAGAGGACGAAGCGGACGAUUGGCAACGAACUCCCCGCGCCCACGGGCCACCCCCGCAUCGUCAAAACAGUCAUCUUCCCCUCCACGCAAGUCCAGCUCCAAGCGACCCGAUCAUCAUCCCAACGGUGAUGGCGUCCGCCUCCCUCCCGGCGCCCGCUCCCGGCCGCGCCGAGCUGCUCAAGGCCUUCGAGGAGUCCCGCACGGGCGUGCGCGGCCUCGUGGAGUCCGGCGUCUCCACCGUCCCGGAGAUCUUCCGCCACCCGGACCCCUACGCCUCCAUCCCGCUCGCCCCGCUCGGCGUCUCCAUCCCCGUCGUCGACCUCUCCCUCCCCUUCCCCGACGCCGCCGCGGCCGCCGCCGAGGCCGCCCGGACCUGGGGCUUCUUCCACCUCGUCAACUACCACCACGCGCUCCCGCAGCCCGCGGACGGCGGCGGCGGCGAAUACCCCGCGCGCGCCCUCGCCGCGGUGCGCGCCUUCAACGAGCUCCCGCCCGCCGAGCGCGCGCCGCACUACGGCCGCGCCGUCGACGGCGGGGUCAACUACUCCACCAACGUCGACCUGUACAACUCCCCCGCAGCCAGCUGGCGCGACACCAUCCAGAUCUUGCUCGGGCCCAACCGCCGGCCCGACCUCGCUGCCCGGAUCCCGGCCGUCUGCAGCGCCGAGGUGCUCGAGUGGGAGGCGCGCGCCACCGCCGCGGCGCGCGCCGUGAUGGGGCUCCUCUCCGAGGGGCUCGGGCUCGGGCCCGCCGCGCUGGAGGAGGCGUCCUGCCUCGAGGGCAAGGUCAUGGCGUGCCACUACUACCCGCAUUGCCCCGAGCCCGAGCGCACCAUGGGCAUCGUCCCGCACACGGACCCCGGCGUGCUCACCGUGCUCGCGCAGGAUGAGAUUGGUGGCCUGCAGGUGAAGCACCAGGAUGAGGAAGGGAGAAGCUGCUGGGUGGAUGUGAAGCCCGUGCCGGGAGCGCUUGUGAUCAACGUCGGGGACCUCUUGCAGAUAAUGUCUAAUGACAAGUACCCGAGCGUCGAGCACCGGGUGACCAUGAACACACGCGAGGAACCCAGAGUCUCAAUCGCCAUCUUCUUCAGUCCCGGAAAGAGAGGGGACUCGAUCUUCUACGGGCCAUUGCCAGGCCUGGUUUCUUCGGAGAACCCACCCAAGUACAGGAAUUUCACCAUGGGCGAGUUCUUUGGGACCUUCUUCUCGCGAGACCUUGCGAGCAAAGCUCUAAUCGAUCACUUCAAGCUGUAACGCAAGUGGUGACUGUCUAGUGUCGACCCAAAAAAUUCAGACCUGUGUAGUGUAGAGCUGUGUGCGGUUGCUGGUAAUGUAAAGAAAUUGUUCUGGCUCAGAACAGUCAUGCUAGAUUUGGCUCCCGUUUCGUUUUCCU